AUUUUUUAAAAAAAGUUAUCUGUAUCAAAAAAUGCAAUCUGGAAUUUUUGUUUUGGUUUUACAUUAAUUCGUUUUGACAAUAAAUUAUAGCAGUUAAACAACUCGGUAGACGUUUAUUACUUUGAUCAUCAAUGAAAUUUUAUAAAACAAGUAACAAAUCUUCCAACACGUCUAAAAGUUAAGUAAUAGGGUCACAUUCAAUAAGACAGUACAAAUUUCUCCAGCUUAGUCUACAUGUUGCGAUUUCAAUAUUUAGGUUUAAUAUUUUGAGAUGAUCAUUAGUUCUCUGGCAGUUUUUAAAAAUUCUAAUCUUAGGACCAAAAUUUUGAAUCGGUAUUCCGAAGGAUACUAUUAAAAAUUUGUUGUGUAAUGCAAACUUUGGGACUCAAAUAUUUCGAGAUAUCUGAUAUUUAGAUUCUGAUUUUUACUUACUUUUUCAUACAAUUACUCCUACAGUAUGUCCUUUGUAAGUUGCUGCUUCUGUAGUAUAUUUCUCAUCGUUUCUUCUCAGCCAGAAUUCGCAUUUGUUUAUCACUAGCAUGCCUUCUACUAAAAUUCCAUCGCGAUAUAUAGUUUCUUCAAUUUCCGAUGUUAUAAAGUUUAACAUUUGUUAGCAACUAAACAUUUCCUUCCGGUUGUUAUUUAUACAAACAUACAAAUUUACUUAUCAAUUAACCCACAUUGCACUAAAAUAUUUAAUAAAACAAAAACGAAUCAAAAACAAAUAUAAACAAACUAAUAAUAACAGCAUGUGUGAAGGCACACACAUACAUACAACAAUAGCAGACCAUUUAACCUUUGUGUUACCAGAAUUCGUCCAGUCAUUUCAAUUUUCCAAUUACCACCUAAAACGACUUAUCAAUAAUAGAUGCUAUGAAGGCAACAAACUGUCCAACAGCUCAAGUAGCCCAUUCAACAGCAAAUGCUACGCCACUCAUAAGCAACAUCUCGGUUGCAGCAUCGGCAUCAAUCUGUGUUGCAACGCCUACAAAUUCCACAGCAUCAUCGUCAACAUCGUCGUCAGCGAAUACAACAAGUACGAAAUUAAAAUCAGCUCUCAAAGUGCCAAAAGUUAGUUUUGCUCCGCUUGACUUUACACCGCCUCCUCAUAUUACGUGAUACGAAAAUAUGCCACAUAACAAUAUUGUUUGUGAGUGGUUAAGAGCUUUAGGUUUGCAACAGUACGCAGAAAGUUUCAUGGAGAAUGGCUAUGAUGAGUUGGAAAUUUGCAAGCAAAUUGGUGAAAUUGAUUUAGAUGCAAUUGGUGUGGAUAAUGCCCAACAUCGUAGUAAACUGCUAAAGAGUGUGCGUACGCUGCGUGAGAAGGGCGCUGCACUGGUGUAUGUCAUGAUCAAUGAUCCGAAGGCAUUGAGUAGUAGUAAUGAAAUUUUAGCUGCUGAAUGUGAUACGCCAACAACAAUGAAAGAAUUAGAAUCUGUGAUUAAGAGACAUUUAGAGGCGGACGGGAUUCGACUGACGGCUCAUCCCUAUUCAACGCCGGAAGGUAAACGUGGAUACUUGGAGGGACUAGCAGCCCACUAUAGCAAAGAAGUCAAUAUGCCUUAUGAAGAUGUGUUGGAUGCCAUUGAAUUUGCUCGAAGUGCGAAAUGGCGGGAACGUCAUAUGCGAAUGGCCACUAGCGGCAGUGGAGGAAAUACAGGGACUCUAAGAAGAGGCAAUAGUGGUGGUGCAAGUGGCAGUUUUGGCAUGGGAGUAAGUGCCAUGAUAACAGGCAAUAUAGCCAAUCAAGCCAUUUUACCCUCAAGUCAUAGUCAACCAUUAUAUGUACCAGGAAAAUAUUCGCCCUCUAGUUGUCUUUCGAAUCGUGAGGAAAAUGAAAUCUAUAGUUAUGCCCAAAAUGAGUUGGCCAAUCGUAUGGCACGUAGUGUUAUUGAUUCAAAAUCAUCAGUUAAUUUAAGUAGCGGCAUGCAGCACAGUUAUCCAGGAGCACGGUCUAAUUUCUUUUAUGAAUUUGCAGCAACAGAAGGCCGUAACAAGCAUAAAAGACGUACGGUAUUUGCUCGUUUUAUUAACGGUUUACGACAAACUGGCGAUGAACUAAAUCCAACUGAAGGCAUGCAACUAAAGACUUCAGAAAAAAUUAAAAGCUGUGGUACCAUGAAACGUGUAGAACCUCAUCAAAAUUUUGAAGAAACAAUACAACGGUUAAAAAAUCAAAAGGCCAGAAAAAAGAUACAGCAUGAUAAAGGCAUACAUGACCGCAACAAGGAUAUUACAUCACAUGCAAUGACAACAAAUGACAUGUCUUUAAAUAACUAUACAAAACAUCCAUAGCAACAGCAGCAACAGCAACAACAACAACCACAACAGGCAAAUUAAACAAGAGAAAAACUACAAAAACUUUAAUAAAAACGCACCCAUACUAUCACUAACACGCACUUGCAACAUUCGAAUAGUUACAAGCGGAUAUGAAAAACU